AUGUUAUAUACUUUUGUCUUUGUCUUCUUCAACGAUAGAAACGCAUCAGAACAACAACAGCAAAUUAACUCAACAACAACAGCAACAUGUAAUUUUACUGUAUGUAAUUCUCAACGACUAUCAUGUUCAUCGAAUGUUGACUGCGAUUGUUUUUCAUUAACAUCCAAUCCGAAUAUAGGAAUAUGUGCUUCAACUAUUUGCUCCUGUGCAAGUGUUGUACGAUGUAAUAUGGAUAAUGUAACUUGUUCAAUCGAGGGCACAAUCUGUGUGAAUAGUACACGAUGUGGUAAACCAAUAUGUUAUCCAUUAGCUUUGGCAAACAAACAAAUUUGUCCACCAAAGACUGUUACUACACAUAUAACAAGCACAACCAAAUCUACAACAAAGGAUGCAACAACAAUAACUGAAAAAUCGACAACAAAACCAGCAACAACAGGAUGGUUUUAUACUGGUAAUAUGACUAAUGCACGAGAAUAUCACACAGCAUCUUUAUUAUCAAAUGGAAAAGUAUUAGUUACUGGUGGAUUUAGUUAUACUGGUUAUUUACACAGUGCUGAACUGUAUGAUCCAUCAUCAGGCACUUGGACAACUACUGGUAACAUGAAUAAUACACGACAAUUUCACACAGCAUCUGUAUUAUUAAAUGGAAAAGUAUUAGUUAGUGGUGGAUUUGGUUAUACUGGUGCUUUAAAUAGUACUGAAUUGUAUGAUCCAUCAACAAGCACUUGGACGACUGCUAGUAACAUGACUAAUGCACGGUAUUAUCACACAGCAUCUACAUUAUCAAACGGGAAAAUAUUAGUUACUGGUGGAUACAAUAAUGGUAGUUAUUUCAAGAGUACUGAAUUGUACGAUCCAUCAACAGGUAUUUGGACAACUACUGGUAACAUGAAUAAAGAACGUACUUUUCAUACAGCAUCUGUAUUAUUGAAUGGACAAGUAUUAGUUACUGGGGGUGGACGCGGGGGUUUUAAUGGUGCUUCAAAUAGUGCUGAAUUGUAUAAUUCAUCAACAGGUAUUUGGGCAACCACUGGUAACAUGACUAAUGCACGAGAAUAUCAUACAGCAUCUGUAUUAUCAAAUGGAAAAGUAUUAGUUACUGGUGGAAUUGAUAAUAAU